AUGCUGGAACAAAUGGGUCUCACUCAGGGGGUACUUGAGUUCACCAAGAAUUUCUCCUCAUCAUUGUCAGGCAACAACAAUGAGCAAAGUGACGGGAACGUGUUCGUGGCCAGUAUGAUGUCAUUGUUCAACGGAACAAUCCUAGAUUCCGACACAGGCGGCUACAAUGGAGAUGGCGGCGAUGGUGGGAACCAACCACCAAUUUUUGAUCCAAGGCGUCAAACACAGACCCUCUUUAAAGUCCAGCUCUAUGUCUGUACCACGCUUGGCCUGUUUUUAUUUCUGACGUUUUGCCUGUUGAGAUACAAGUUCCCCCUAUUCUUCAGUAUCCGAAGUUACAGAAACAAAAAGAUAAAAAAACUACCGAAUAAUAUGUUCAGUUGGAUCAAGAUUUUGAUAUCAAUCAAUAAUGAGCAACUACUCGAGGUCAUUGGACUUGAAUCUUAUGUUUUCCUUUGCUUUUUCAGAAUGAGUAUAAAGAUACUAAUGUCAUUAAGUAUAUUGGGCCUUUGUAUCCUCAGCCCAAUAAGAUACUGGAUGCUUGGCACCUUUGAUCGUGAUGAUACGUCCUUAGGUUUUAUUUCAAACUACCUCGCCAGGGGGAACGAUCCAGAUGAUGAAAAUGCCGAACCUGUUGCUUAUCUUGUGAUUUGUACCAUAUUCACGUACAUAUUCACAGGGAUAAUCUUUUGGUUUCUAUUUAAGGAGACAAAUCACAUCAUCAAAGUGAGGCAACGCUUCUUAGGGUCUCAGAGGUCUUUGACCGAUAGAACAAUUUUUAUCAAAAAUAUCCCCAAGGAAAUGUGUAACGAGGAAGACCUCAAAUCUCAUAUCGAAGAGUUGAAAGUUGGAAAGAUCGACCAGAUCAGGUUUGUGUACGAUUACUCUCCCUUGAUUGAACUGUACAACGUUCGUGAUGGAUUGAUCAGACAACUAGAGAUCAAAUAUUCUCAACUUUGUGGUUUGGAUAUUCAAAUGUUUGAUUCAGUAAACGUUCAAAACGUUCAUUUGAAGGUCGUCAAAUCUGAAAAUCCACCAAGUAAGGACAAGAUUGUAUACAAUCCUUACAUGAAGGAAAGUUGCAUAAAUGACGACGACAACAGUGAUGCAGAAUACUAUAUCUUAAAUAUAGAUGAUGAGAAGUAUGAAAAGAAAAAGCGUUCAUGCGUUAAGGUUGAAAAAUCAGAUAAGGAAAUAAUCGAUGAAUCAUUGCGAAGAUUAAUCAAAAUUAAUGAUGAUAUUAAUGAAUGCCGGGCAAGCAAUCAGUUCAAAAGGUUGCCCCUAGCCUUUGUUACAAUGGAUUCAGUUACUGAUGCACAAAUGGCUGCACAAGCAGUAUUUUCUCCAAAAGUUUUUGAACUAAUCACAGAACUAGCGCCCGCUCCAAUGGAUAUCAAUUGGGGGAACUUACUAAUGAGUAAUAGAACAUUGUUUUUUAGAAAAAAUAUAAUUGAAUUCAUAAUUAUAUUAUUUAGCAUAUUGUUGAUUAUUCCAAUCAGGUACAUUACAUCCUUGUUGAAUAUCAAUGCAAUUAGGAAGAUGUGGAAAGAAUUUGGAGAUUACCUAUUGAAGCAUGAAUUUAUGCGCACUAUUGUCACUGGUUUGCUACCAACAUACCUAUUCACCAUAAUUAAUGUUAUUUUACCAUAUGUCAUUUCUUCGCUAUCAAGUUUACAGGGAUUGAGGUCUAAAGGCGAUGUUGAGCUUUCAGUCAUCAAGAAAAACUUCCUGUAUAUCUUUUUCAACCUUUUUUUAGUGUUUACUUUAUUCGGUACAUUGUCAAGCUACAAAGCGUUAUUAACCGAUACGACAAAGAUUGCACCUUUGCUAGCAACAUCUAUUAAAUCCCUUUCUUUAUUUUACAUUGAUUUGAUCAUUCUUCAAGGACUAACUAUGUUCCCAUUCAAGCUUUUACAAAUCGGUGAUCUGAGUAUGAUAUUCUGGAAUUUCAUAGUGAAUAAUAGCAAAAAGACCCCAAGGAUGUUUAGAGACCUCAUAUACAACCCUCCGAUAUUUGACCUUGGACUGAUACUACCUCAGCAUCUCGUUAUUUUCAUAAUUACCAUUUUGUAUUCAUCAAUUUCAACAAAAAUUCUGGUCUCUGGCAUGGUGUAUUUUAUUUUGGGUUUUUACACAUACAAAUAUCAACUUGUUUACUCCUUGGUUCAUCCAUAUCACAGUACCGGGAAAGCAUGGCCAAUAAUAUUCAAAAGGGUUUGUUUGGGUGUUUUUUUCUUACAUUUACAGAUGUUUGGAUCAGUCGCAUUGGAACAAUCCUUCAUACUUGCAGGUUUUAUGCUACCUCUUUUCCCAGUUACUAUUAUUGCAUUGAUGGUCUUUAACAAAGACUAUCAACCUCUACUUGAUUACAUUGCUCUUGAUGCCAUCAAAACCAAAGGUAGAAGCGUCGAUCAAGAACCAGAAGAUGAUGGAUUGGAUACGUUACUAUUAAACACGGGAAUAUCUGGCUCUGCGGUAACUCAGAAUAAGUUUAUUCAGAGGAAAACUAGUGCCGUGAGUUUAUUUUUGGACGGCGAUGACAACUGUGACGCAGUUGUCGUUAAUAAAUCAUCAGGGUCUGAUACAAGCAAUGUUGAGUGUGAAUGUCUAACAGAUGCCGAUAACGCAGUCGACGAUGAAAUCCAUACAAGUGGGGUGAACAAUAAUUAUCACGAUGCCAAUUUGUCAGCAUCACCAUCCAGUUCUACAGUAUCACCUCCAAAUUUUACACCUCUAACUUCAAACUUGGCUUCCUUAAAUAACAAUAUUCCGCUACGUCGUAAGUGCAGCACAAUAGAAGAAGAACGAGAAGCCACCCAGUGUUAUAUUCAUCCUUGUCUUUUGGAUGAAAAUUAUGGACUUAUGGUUGGCUUUUGCAACGAUGAUAUUGAUUAUUUGAACUUUAGGAUCACAAGUAGUAGUGAGGGGUUUGCUCUCGAAAGUCAGAUGGACGGUCAACAAGUCGAUUUAAGAGUAUCCUCAGAAUGCCAUGAAGAUGAAGAUCUGGAAGUGGCAAGAGGUAUCGUAAGCGGGUAUGUUACGAGGAAGAAUGUCUCUGAGGAGGUUUGGUAG